AUGUCCAACAUCGUACCCUAUAACCAGCUUGAAUAUCAGCCUUUUCAAGUGGCACCUCCUCUGAAUUCGAGCAAUCUUGCGCAACCCCCCAUUCAGCAACCUAAUCCGGUAGCCCAACAACAACUCCAAGUACAGCCUCAAGCUAGGCAUGCACAACCCUCCCCUCGACCUGGCGAAUAUGAGCACAACGUAAAUUCAUUCCCUUAUACAAGGGUGUCUUACCCUACACCCCCAUCUUUUGAUUGGAUAGUCCCAGCUAUUACCUCGCUCCUUCACUCUCAGCAUGCUGCUACAUUUGCGAAAUUCAACGAAGCAUCUGAACAACAACUCGCUCUCGCGGCCAAAGUUGAAACUCUUCAAGCUACCACAAACUCUCUACAGCAAACGGUCAAUGCUAUUCUGGAGAACAUACAGCAAGUAUCAGAUCGGGUGGGUAAACUGGGAGCCGACAUGUCCAGUCGAGACGCAACCUUGGCCGAACGUCUGAACGCACUGGACGAUGCUAUCGAUACUUGGUCACCAGACUCUGACGAGCUUCGAGCACGUUCAGGACCCCAAUCACUGACUGGAGAUGUACUUGAGCCGCAGGGCCAGCAGUUACACUCACUAAGGGAUCUUAUUCGAGAUGCGAGCCCGCUCGAGAACGAUGGUAUCUCAGCACGGCCUGAUAGUAACAAUAUAUCGCGACUCUCUACCACUCCGCGUAUUUCCUCUGACCAGCCAAUAGCCCAACCGGACGCGGAAUUCACAAUAUCCCUGGUCCAGCAAAGUACAAAAGUCGCUAAAACGCCAGGCAGAGCCAAGUCGCGAAAAAGUGAUGCAAGUUCCCAAACUACACUAAAGGCAACUCGCCGGUCUGCCCGUAAGGUAAAGAGAAGGCAGCGCGAUGACGGUACUACUGAGAUACCUGUGUUGAAAAAGAAGAUUAAACUAGUACCUAAAACCGAGGAGGGAGUAAGUGGAAAGGCGCCCAGAAAAUCGGGGCGACUAGAAUUUAAUUGGAAAAACGUACCUAUUCAAGAAGCAGAACUAGAGCAACUCAUAUAUUGCGAUAAAUGCGAUCGGGCGUACCAUUGGGGGUGUGUUAACAUCUUACCUGAGGACCCAAUUCUCCAACAAGAAGCUGACUGGCUUUGCCCUCCUUGCGAAUUCGGGGCCCAACAUGGUACUACAUCUGGUCACACAUACGACCCUAACACCAAAUGCCGACCAGAUUGUCCCGCUCAAGAUAAUGAGGAUGUGAUGUUUGCCAUCGACGCGAUCAUCGGUCGCUUCCCUCACUCAGCCGACCUAUCUGGGGCAAUGAUGCAAUAUUUAGUUAAGUGGGAAGAUUAUACUGUGCAACAAUCUACCUGGACCCCCGAAAACGAAAUCGGCCAAGCUGCUCAUGCGCUAAUUCGUGAUUUUGAAACGGCCGCUCUGAAAGAGAACCUGGAGGUAAACGACCGUAGUCAAUUAAUUCUCCUCAAGGAAGCAAGGGAUGGAGGAUGGGGGUACUAUACCUUCCCAUCGUAA